CGGGGUGUAACGUCCCGACAGACGGUCUGCACCGUUACCAGUCGACGGUGUCUCUGCUGCAGUUUAACUUGUGUACAGAUUUAUAUCUCUCACCGUGUUGUUUACCGGAGCUCCACCGUCAACAUGUCGCACACCGUCAUCACGACAACAACAACAACCAGGACUCCCGGUGACGGAGGUCUGAACAUGGGCUACACCCGGACCAUCCCGGGACUCAUGAAGAUAGGACAGAUGCUCGCCCUGCUCGUUGCCUUCCUGUGUGUCCGUUGUGCCCGGGGCUGGCCCAGCUGGGCGGCCUUCCAGUACUUUGAGGUGGUGUCGCUGUGGUUCCUCAUCGCCUUCCUCAUCUUCUUCCUCAUGCACCUGUUCAGGCUGCAGGCGAAGAUGCCGUGCAUCAACUGGCCGCUGACGGAGUUCUUUCAUUACUCUGUGGGGACUGUCCUCAUCUUCAUCGCCUCCAUCGUGGCUGCUGUGAAGAGUGGAGGAGUGUCGGCGCUGGUGGUCGCAUCGGUGUUUGGGUUCAUAGCCACGUUCCUGAUGGCCGUUAGUCUGUGGACGUCUUACAGUGUGACCUGCGGCUCCCAUCCAACUGGUGCAGCAGUGUAGUGAGUGACCUAUGAUGAAGGACCCAGGUGGAUGUGGAGGCAGUUUGCUGUGUCCUGGUUGAUUUCCUGCCUAGCAACCACCUGGAUAAUUAACCUGAUUGGAUGAUAGUUCAUACAAAGAAGUAACGGAGCAGCUGAUCCAGGACCAGCCGUCGUUUCCAACAGCCUGAAACGUAAAUAUCCCUGACCAUCACAGUAAAGCUCUGACAGGAAGUAGUUACAGUAUUACUCCGGAACAAAAACAUUUAUUUACCUUCUGAAGUCACGUUUUCAUGUUAAAGGUGCUCAGUCACAUUUUAAUCAUCAGUGUACUCGUAGAAUCAACGAAUGACACCGCAGUGCAACUAAUCCUUCACCUGGUACUGUUGUCAUGACGACAUUUCCCAUCAUCCCUGCUGUUUCCCACCCCGACUUUCCCUCCUUGGAGUGGUAGACAUGUUGGUUUUUAGUUUUCCCUCCCUCCACCGUCUGCUGGUGAGGAUUUAGAGAAGCUUUAUAGAAAAGUUGAAGCAGUGUUAGCUCUACAAGAACAGCGCUCUCUUCCUGUUGUGUGCCAUAAAUCAAUCCAGCCCCGCUACAGUCUCAUUAGUCAGAGUGCAGCCGCAGUCAUGAGUCGUCUCUUCUGUUGUUCUUCCUCUGUGGUUUACAGUUCCUGGUUGAUUUGCUCGAUUCGUGAUCAGAUGUCUCAUCCAUUCCAGCUUUUUUACAUCCUCCUUUCCUCGAGCUCAGUAAAACCCAGACUGGAUCACAGAUGUAUUAAACUCUUUUUAAAAAUCACUUUUCUUAACCGCCCAGCAGUGACAUAAUGCACAGUUUAGCCCUGUUAGCCUGCUAUGCUAAUAUUUGCUAGCAUACUAAAGUAUUCUAUCAUUCUAGUGUGCUGACAAACGUUAACAAGCUGAGAAGCUACAGAAAAUAACUUGCAUGCUAAUGACUUUGUUAGCAUGCUAAAACAUUACUCAGGGGCUAAUGUGUGCUAAAAAACAAUAGCAUGCUAAAAAAAAUUAUGUGAAUUGAAACAAAAGGAAACAUUAGCAUGCUAACAACGCAAACAAACACAAGAACUAGUAAAAAGUGCUGCAUCUCUGUGAUUAAAAGAUAAACUGGUGAUCAUAUUUUUGUUGUUGUCAACAAAUCCCACAUGCAGAACAACAAUAAAUUGAUCUGCUAAGACGUACGCCUGGAAUACUCACUAUAGCACCCAGUGUGGAUUAAUCCGCCGCUGAAAAUAGUCCUCAACAAAUGCACUAUUUCCUCCUGUUUGUUGUCGUUUGUUGACAAGAAGAAAAAUAUGAAACAACACCACCCUAUCCUUCAAAUGUGAUUUCACUGCUGUGUUAAAAAUAAAGCAUGCCAUUGAUUGGAGACAUCAGUGGUACGAUCACCAUCCAGUGAACUAAAUCUUGUUUAUCUGGGUGCAGCAGUAACUCCCAUGAAGCAUCACAUUAACAUCCCACAGUCAGACUGUGGAAAUCAAUCUGCUGUUCCCCUAUAGCAGCCAUGAGUUCAGUAUCAAAGGACAGCACUUAUUACAGUUUCAUUACAGCGUGCUGUCCAGUUUCUCCUCACAGACGGGACCUGUGUGACUGUCCUCGGUGCUUUAAAGAAAACAAGCUGUUCCUCAUUUCAAUUCAAAUUUAAUCUAAAUUUUCAGAAAGCACAUCAGUAACAGUUUUAAAUGACGCCAUGAAAGAGAGCAGUGUUCAUAUUAGACUAAAAAGUGAUCAUAAAUUUGUACAGAGCCGUCAGGGGGUCAUAUGGUGCAGAAAACCACAACAGAUUAAUAAACUUUACACACUUAUUGAAAAAAAAUGUGAUAACAUAUUAACAAAGGGUUGAUAAAACAUAUAAUGAAGAAAAAUGUGCACAUGGGUUUUAUAUAGAUUGUUAAGUACAAAUGUAUUUGUACACGUGGAUUAUACGAACAGAUUAGAAACAUUUAUGCAUGGAUUAUAAAACGUACACAUUUAUUAAAUAAAGUUAUGUAUUGAUUAAUAUAACCUACAAACAGAUUUAUACACGUGAGCAAGGAUUUAUAAAACAAAUCCAUUUUCAACCGCUUAUCCGAAGCCGGGUCGCAGGGGCAUCCCUCUCCCCUGCAACACUUUCCAGCUCCUCCUGGAGGACCCUGAGGUGCUCCCAUACCAGAUGAGAUAUGUAAUCCCUCCAGCUCAUCUCUGACAGGAGGCGCCCAGGAUGAUCCUGACCAGAUGCAAGAAACACUUCAGCUGACCCUUGACAUGAAGGAGCAGCGGCUCUACUCUGAGCUCCCUCCAGAUGUCUGACUCCUCUCCCUAUCUCUAAGGCUGAGCCCAGACACCCUACAGAGGAAACUCAUUUCAGACGCUUGUAUCUCAUUCUUUCAGUCACUACCCAGAGCUCAUGACCAUAGGUGAGGGUUGGGACGCAGAUGGACCAGGAAUCCAACACUGGAGGUCACGGUGUGAUGAAGCCAACAGAACCACAUCAUCUGCAAAAAGCAGAGAUGCAAUUCUGAGGUCAUCAAACCGGACCCCUUCCUCCUCACGGCUGCGCCUCGAGAUCCUGUCCAUGAAUAUCACAAACCAGAUCGGUAACAAUGGACAACCCUGGUGGAGGCCAACACCCACCAAGAAUGUGUUUGACUUUGUGCCAAGUUUGCGGACACAACUUUCCGGAUCGCUCAUAGCAGCGACCCCAGUACCGUGUAAUCCUGCAGUAACCCUCACAAAACUUCCCAAGGGACACAAUGCAAAACAAUGCACGAGCACAUGCAGUAAUAAAUAAGCGUAUAUUAUUAACCCGCAGAGAGUGAAAACAAAACGCAGACAUGAAUUUAUAAAACAGACGUACAAAAUAACAAAAGGUGCACAUGCAUUUACUGAUUCAUUUAAAUAUGAAUCAAGUCCUUGUAUGUAGAGAUAAAAAAAGCAAACAUAUGCAUGGAUUAAUAAACUGUAUGCGCAGAUAAAAUGGAACACUGGAACACCCAGAUUAAAAGGAUAUAAUAAUUAUAAUAGUUUUGAAAAGGCUUUAAAGUAACGCGGCAUUUAACUGUCACAGCGUCUGAAUGAAAGCACAAAAACUGCUGUCAGAAAAAUAGUGAAAAAACUACAAAUAUUCGGUUUGAUGCAUUUAAUCGAAAACAAUCAGAAGUCACGAAGCGUUUGUACAAUUCUCUCUGACUGUUAAAGCACAAAAUGUCUUAAAAUACCUCUCCUGGUCUGUUCGUCAUCCUCGCAUGUUGUAGUGUUUUAACUAUUUAGCUGACUGUGAAAAUUCACCUGUGCUUUCAUUUAGUGAUUGUAAACUCUAUUAAUCUGUUCACUCAGAUUUCCACACCAUAUGGCCCCCAGCUCGUCGUUUUCUGACCAAUCACAGUUCCUGUGCUAUUAAACUGAAGUCCUCUGAUUAGUUCACUAAUGGCAAACAGUUUGGUUUUUAGUUCCACAGACAUUUCUGAUGGUGAUUUGGUAAAGUGACACUGCUGCAAACUAGAGAAGUAUAUUCUAACCAUGUUAGGUUAGCUGCGUUCAGUGGCUUGAGAAAAUCAUUUGAACUUUUCAAUACAAGCUCUGGAGCUUUGUUACAAACUUUUUUGAUUCGGCUGUUUGAGAAACUGAUCAACAAAACUUUAACUUGACCAAAAAGGAGCCAGAGUUCUGAAAUGGUAGAUGUUUUGGGCCUCAUUAGGUCUGAAUUUCCAGACUUGGCAAUUUCAUCUGAACCUAAAUGACAGGUGUGAACGCAGUCUGAACGGCUGAACCUUGGUUGGACAAAAUCAAACUGAGUCAUGGUUUGGGUUGUUUGUAGUGUGAAAAUAUUUUUCAGAUAGGUUGGACUUUCAGACCAGUUGCAGGAACUUCUGGCAGGCUGUUGUCAGAACAGAAAACCCCCCAGAAUGAGCAGUAGAAGCAGACGGGGGAGACCAAAUGUUUAACUGACAUCUGGUCUGAUGACUUUAUAAAGGGUCAGUUGGAAAAAGUUAUGACACUUUAAAAUUAUUACCAGAGAAUGUGAGAAACAAGCAGAACCAACUGCAUCAAAUGUACGUACACAGUGUAAAGGUCAAAACACACCAGUGGUGACCGCUGCGCAUCAGAAAAUACGCCUCUAUUAUUUCAAUGUACAAACCCACACCAACGGUGGCUAGACACACGCCGGCACUCCUUGACACUCUGCCCUGUGGCACUUCACGCCACUGUUCUAUUUCCAGCCUCGACGCCCCCAAAAUUAAAUGCCUUUUUCUUCCAUGUGCUCUCUGCUUGUACAGACCAGCUCCUGUAGCAGCUCUUUUUCUCUGCUCCUAUGGCAGCUCAACUCCUCUCCUCACUGUGGAUGUAUAAAGAGAACUAUAUUCUGCGCUAAAAGACCCACAGUUUCGUCGUUAUAAGGACAGUGGUCAAAAAGAUACUUCCUUCUUCAGGUGAGAAAUCAAUUUUGAUUCGCGGCUGUCCCCACAUGAUUUUAAGCUAAUGCAGAUGUGGAGGAAGUACAGAUCUAUCAGUAAAAGUAGUGAUAACUUUAUGUGGUUGUCUGUUGACGAGCUGCAACGCAACACAUCCAAUGUGUGCUAGGGGCGGCACUUGACAUGGUCACAUGACGCGUCGCGCCGGUGUGUUUUCAGCUUAACAAAAACAAGAACCUUCAUUCAGACUUUAAGGUGUGAAAAGACCCUUUGUCUAAAAUCGGCACAAUUUGAUAUAAAUGUCAAAUUAGCAAAGAAUUCAACAGCCAAGAAGACUUUGAAUCUGACACGACAUUUGAUGCCAACUUUCAUCACUUGAAAGUUUUAGAUACUGUGUGUUAUGAACAUAUUUUAAUCUGUAAGCCAAAAAAGUAGCUAGGCAGCUAAUGUUAGCUUGUUUGCUCUCUUCAGUUAGCUUGCUAAUCAUCAAAAGAGACCUCAAUCAGCUAAUUUAUAUUGUAGUAUUAUGUAGCAAAGCUAAUGCUAGCAGAACUUGGUCCCAUCGUUGAUAAUGUCAGUAAUCUUACUUGUCUCUAAGUUUUCUCUGAACUGUAUUGCCAUUAUGUUUUUGUCGACAGCAGCAACUUGUUUACGCGAAAGUUUUGCUCAAUGCUAAAGGUAAAGCCUCAUUAACUGGGCAACAUUAAUAGUGAGGAAUGAUAAGCUAGUGGCCUAGAGUAAAACUAUCAAUGCUAACAGAGCAACAGCAGUAUUUUUGUGGGGAAUGAAUCAAAACAACUUUGAGACACUGAAAUAAUUUUUGGUUUUGAAUUUUGUGCUUUAGCUAACAAGCUGAUUGUAGCCUCACUAGGCCCCAUUGUUAAUAAUAUUAACAUAUUAUUACUUGUUAGCCAGAAAACGUCUUCACCUCAUUUUCUUUUGAUGGAAUUAUGUCUUUCAUUUUAACACGUAUCUAAGUCACGUUAGCUAGCUUGCAGAGCUUAAAACAAACAGACAUCAGUGCCAUUUUCAUCUAAAUGUUAACCAGAGUUCUUCUUAUGACUUUAGAGUCAGUUAGCUAACCAAUGAAAGUUCUGGAAAACAGCAAACUGAAGUUUAACUCAACAGAUUAAAUAACGCCUGCAGCUGGAGCAGGUCUGCCUCUGAGAAAUGUUUGUAGAAUUAAAAAUCAUAUUUAAACUUGGGUGCUGGAAGACAGAGGAAGUGGUCUGUGAUUUCGUGGGAAACUUUUCUGCCAUUUCUUGUUACAAAACUCUUGAUGAUGUGAAACUGAACUCUGCUUUCGGUUGGAGACGUUAAUCCUCAGAUUACUGCCUUACUGUUAAUCAGAUGCCAAAAAUCUUAGUGUGAUGCUUCGGACUUUGCACUGAAUGUGUCCUUACGUUUCCUCUGAAGCAGCUCCGAGUACAGAAUGAAGGAUUUAUGUCUAAUCUGAUUAAAAUCGAAUGUUUCACUUUGACUAUGACCACGUAGAAGUUUAGGUUUACUGAACAAAAUUAUAAUGGACUUAAAUACUUACUUACUUCUGGUGCAUCCCUUAAAGCCCCCACACACUGCGUGACAACAGUCCGACAGCUUCACCUUGUGUCCCACUGUGAGAUGCGUACGAUGGAAUCUUGGUUGAAGCAUUACAGAUUGUUUGAUGAAUGUCAAGGCCAGUUUAUGCUUCCUGCAAGUCCACAGGAUCAGCUUUGGUCCAUGUGACAUAAAUGUUGUCAUCUGCUGACGUCCACAAGGUCUACAUUGACCCCAAUGUGGACGUCUAUAUGCACCCCAAAAUUUGUUACCGUGCAGACUGUCUGAAUGUAUAUGCCAGCUGCUCAUGCUUCAGUUACAAACCAAUAAUUUACACACUAGUCCAAAUGUUAGUUUGUGCACAGGUGGUUUGCCAAGCAGCAGAAGAACAUUACAAAAUGGAUGCUUGUUUUGAAGAGAGGUUGUGCAAGGCCAUCCUACGUCACCCACAGUUGUAUAAUUUGUCUUAUACAAAGACCGACAAAUGGGGUUGAACCCCCGGUGAGAAAUGAUGCAAACACUUGGGAGAGAUGGAAAUGCCCGUCAUCAAAAGGGGAAAAAUCUGCAAGACAGAUAUGUAAAGGCAAAGAAAGAGCUGAAAUAUAGGAGUGGAACGCCAGAUUGUAGUAUGUAUCAGGGUUCCUGCAGAUCCUUAAAAAGUCUUCAGUCAUAAAUGACUUAUAUAUAAUGUCUUAAAUCAAUCUUUUAAACGUCUUAAAAAUGUGAAGAUGUGGAAGGCAGGAUUUUAUGAUCUUCUUUUUUUCCGAUGUAUUGUAAAACCUCAAAAUAAUUGGUUAAAUCUACCAAAUGUCUCCUGCUGUAAUGUCACAUAAAUCAGAAUAGUCGAACCAACAACACUCGGAUCAGAAGAUGCACAGUCUGCUAGCUAGCUGUCACUGUACCCUGGACGACAAAAAUUGGCCAUUUAACCAAGAUUUGAGGUGUGCAGUGUAUUUUCUGCAAAAAAAUUGUCUUAAAUCUAUCUUGCCAUCAGCUGUAGGAGCCCUGUCAAUGGAACUGUGUUCACAUCCUCAUGACCAGUACACAUCUGCAGCUGUCUGUGGAAAGUGACAGGGCGCUCGGGAGGCGUGCACUCUGGCAUUGGCGUGCACCUGCCGCACGUCUACAUUGAAAACAAUGAAUUCGAGGGCACAAAAAAUCCGGCAUGUGUACGGCCCUUUACAGUAUUCACAAGUUUUCCAUCUAUGAUGCUGAAUCCAAAAUGCUUCUAUGCAUCAGUCGUCAGACAGUUUGGUAGCGUGAUUUUCUGUUUGUCAUGACAUGAAAGCAUCGGUUGAUCAGGUUGACAUUUCAGAAAUGAAUCUUGCAGGAGUAUAAACAGCGGUCUGCUGGCAAUACAACAGGAUGCAACCAAAUUUGACUAAAUGUACUGUUGGACAUGGUCUGAGUCUGGUCUUGUUUUGGUUCUGAGUGGACCCAUGAAGACCUUUGGGUCCUAUCCUCAGUACUAAACUUCUUAACUGAUGGCUGAAAUUGGCAGACGUGCCUCACAGUGUGAUUUACGAGCAUCAUUUCAGAUUAACAGCCAAACUGUCAGCAUGUCUCUCAGCCCAGAGUCACACAGUGUGUCGGGGUCUCUCCACUGUAACUCCCUGUUAUAGUCACAAGUAUUCAAAAGCUUUUUUCUACAAAGUUAAACAUUGCUGCUUUUCACUUUCAGAUAUUGUUUUUAACUUUCUGUGAUGGAACAAGAUGUUCACAUAUGCUGUGUGUUUGCUGCUUCAGUGUACUGUAUUUUAUUUUUGGUCUGGACCAGUUUGACAUAUUAAAGCUUUAUUUCAUUAUUAAUGCACUGAUACAACUUCUUAAACUGCUGAUACCAUUUUAGCUGAGCAUAAUUAAAUGAUCAAAUCUGAUGUAAAUGAAUAUCAGGACCUGAAGCAUUUGAUUAAUUUCAUUGUACAAAAAUAAUUGAGAUCUUUGAGAUUUAGUCGGUGUGCUUUGAUUUCUUUAAGAUUUUUUGUAUUUCUAUUGUUGAACUUUUGAUAUAUAAAGUUUUUCCAUCAGUAUCUGCUCAGUAUCCAGUUUUGGUAUCAAAUUAGGAUUUAUUUUUUUUAUUGGUGCAUCUUUUUUUUUUUUUUUUUUCACCCUAACACUGGGUUUUAUAUUGCUGCCUGGACGUUUUGUGUGGAACCAGAGUGAAUCUGUCCGUCAGAGUUUGACUCUUUGUGUUUAAGAAAAAGAUUUCAGCUCCUCUGAUGACGGAACCUUUAGCCCCGUUUCCACUGAGCAGUCCGGUAUGGUACAGUUCAAUUCGGUCACGAUGGAUGGUACCAACAGACCCGUUCCUUACCGUCCCUGACACACAGAUCUGGUCCUAAAAGGUGGAGCUAGAAACCCUGCAGUCUGAUUGGUCAGUAGAGGACGCUCACUCUGGUUUUAUGUAACCUCUGUUCAUACAUCAGUAAACUACAACUAUAAAUGAAAGAGAAAAAAAUAACUUCAUUCACUGGGCCGACUGCCGGCAACUUUUAAGGUGGAACGUUAACUUGUAAUGUUACUCAAUGCAUGAGUUGAUGACGUGAAUCCAUCAGCACACCUUAAAUUUCACUGUGACAACUUUGACCAUCACUUUACUUUUUAUAUGACACACACUUUUAGUAAUGACUUUAAAAAUAUAGAUUCAUUUGGAGCGGAUUAUGUGAAGGUCAUAUAUUCUAAUCCUCACUUCCUGUGGGCUACAGCAACACUAAACCCCUAAGUGUUUGGUGGAAACGGGCUUUAGAGCUGUAACUCAACAUCUCAUCAUCAUCAUCGUCAUCGUCUUUACUCCUUUUUGAAAAGAUUCUUAACACAUUAACUUUGAUCAAAGAUUCACUCUGGCUCCAGGCUGGACAAAACCAGACUGUUUACAUUAUUUAUUUUGGCAUGUCUAUAUUUUCUGAUGCUUAACGAUGCUAUCUUUUCUCACUGAUGCAAAGUGACCUGAUUUAAGGCUGUUUGUCCACUGGGGGAUACAGUAGGCUGGUAAAUGGUUCGUAGUUUGGUGUCUAAUGAGUACUGAUCCAGGACCAUCACAUUAUGAUCUUGGGUGGACAUUUCACGGCAGGCAGCUUAGAGACUUUUUUAGAUCGGUAUAAAGUAACAAAAAGGUGAUUAACCCUGACAGAGAAAGGUCUCUUCCAUUAAAGUUAAGAACAAACCUUGUAAAAUCAAGCAGACAGCAGAGAAUUUUCUUUCUUGAUUCUGCAGGAUUUUUAUCAAGGUUACUGGAAGGGACUUUAUAUGAUGCUUUAUAAAUCCCUUAACGUUGAGCUUCAGAGUUAAAUCUUGACCUUGACAACAGAAGUUGACAAAAAAACCCAUCGAACUUCAAGCUCUAUCUACAUCAAUCAGCUGAAACAUUAAAAUCCCAGAGAGGUGAAGUUAAUAAUACUGAUGGUGUUUUAAGAAUGCACUGUUCUGGUCCUGGCAUUUGUGUGGAUGCCAAUCGAUAUGCACCACCCACCCAAACACUGUUGCAGACCAAGUACACCCUUUCAUGGCAGCUCAUUCUCAAAUGGCAGUGACCUCCCUCAGCAGACAGUGCAACAUGUCACACCAUAAAGACUGCUCAGGAAUGGCCAGAGGACGUGACAAAGAGCUCAAGGCAUCGACCUGGCCUCCAAAUUCUCCAGAUCCCAGUCUGAUCAAGCAUUAGUGGGACGUGCCUAAACCACAGGUACCCCUGAACCACAAUGGAGCGUCCUUGGAUGGGACUUGGCUCUGACAUGUCAAGGGGUGUCCUGUGGUGUCUGGCACUGGGGCGUUUGUGGCGGAUCCUUUGAGACCUGUCGGUUGAGAGGUGGGGUAUCAGCACGUCCCACGGAUGCUUGAUGAAAUUGCAGUCUGAGGAAUUUGGAGGACAUGUUGACACCAUGAUGUCUUUGUCACGUUCCUCAGGCCGUUCCUGAGAUGUUUUUGCAUUGUGGCAUGGUGCAUUGUCUUGUUGGUGGGCCACUGUCAUUCAGCGAGUGCCGUUGCCGUGAAUUGUACUUGAUCUGCAACAAUUUUUGGGUAGGUAGAGUGCAUCAGGUGGCAUCCACAUGAACGCCAGGACCAAAGGUUUCCCAGCAGAACAUUAUAACGAGAUGAUCAAUGUUUUACACUUCACCUGUCAGUGGUUUCAAUGUUUGGCUUGUUGGACCUUUGAUUCUAUCACAUGGUCUUAUGGUGUUUUCUCAGCACUGUAAGAACGUCUCGUCCAUUGCUUUAACAUUAUGUAGCCGGUGGUAUUGAGUAAGGAAUGUUUGAUUUUAUUAAAAUUAAUCCUUUUGUUGAACUAAGUUUGUAUUGACUCAAUGAAAGGAACCUUUCUCUGUCAAGUCUUUUUGUUACUUUGCGUCUAACUCCACCUCAUUUUUAUCACCUUAAAAGUCAUCCAGAAGAUUAUUUGCAUCCUGCAUUGAAUUGAGAGACUGAAAUGUCUGUGAUUCGUGAGAUGUCCAUUGUCAGUUCUGGAUCAGCACUAAUAGCUUCUGAGCUAUGACAUGAAAAAAACACCAGUAUGAUCCGUAAAGCAGGAAGAGCCCAGUGGACUCAGACGCCCUGAUAGUUCAGAUUGUUUAGGUUUUUUUCCAAAGUGCCUUAAUGUUCUGUUGUUGUUGAGAUCGGUCCAUUAACCUGCUGUUUGCAAGCUAAUGGGCCGACUUGGAUUCAGUGAGGAAAAACAAAAACUGAAGAAGAUAAUGGAACCACAACCACAAAGGCGAGGUCUGUGCGGCUGGGAUGGAGAAAUGAAGCGAUUUACUAUGUUUUAGAAGAGAAGAUGUCCACAGUAUUAUAAGUCACAUCACAAAGAGCUCACAUGACUUGUGUUGUUUUUCUACAUUUUUUAAAAGUGUGUUUAAACUACAAGUUGUGAUUUGUUGCAUGUUGUAAAUUAAAGGCUCAUUGCACCA